AUGGUCAGCGUGGAUGCUGAAGGCAAGCCUCACCCCUUGAAGAAUGACUCGGUCUGUGGGACUCGGAUAGCCCCGAAUCGUGAUGGCUCCAUGGUGGUGAAGAUAGCAACUUCCGGGUGUUAUGUCAAAGCCCAUAUAAAACACAAAGUUUUCCUUUGCUUUGGCUUAAAGAUGGAGAGCUUCAUUCUUCAGGCAAAGCACACUGAUGUAUCGGAAGCUCUCCAAAACAUCAAGGUCAAAUCGGCUCUGAAGCAGUCCCGCUGUCCUGUUCUUCAAUCCAAGUCUCUUACCACACUGGAUUCUCCCAGCCCCGAUCUGUGUUCUGCCGUCCAAGCUCCAGACAGACUCCCAUGUGCAUCCUACCAAGUCAGCCAGAGGGAAUGCGAGGACCUGGGAUGCUGCUACAACUCCAGAGACAGGAUGGCUCCUUGUUACUAUGGCAACAGAGUGACAGCCCAGUGCACCCCAGAAGGCCAGUUCUCCAUUGCUGUCUCCAGGGAUGCAACCCGUCCGCCUCUCACCUUGGAUUUGGUGCGCUUGCUGAGCAGCCGAGGGAGAGAGUGUGCCCCUGUAUCCAAGACCAAUGCCUUUCUCCUUUUCCAGUUUCCACUGUCUGCUUGCGGGACAACCUUGAAGGCCACUGGAAACCAGCGAGUCUAUGAGAACGAGCUGGUGGCAGACAGGCAAGUUCUUGUGUCCCGGUCUGGUUCCAUCACCCGGGACAGCAACUUCAGAGUCACCGUCCGUUGCAGCUACUCUGCCGAAGCCUCCUUGCCGGUCAGCGUCCUGGUUGUCCCACUGACGCCACCUGCUGGCAUUGCCCAGCAAGGACCUCUCACACUGGAGAUGAGAUUGGCGCAAGAUGCGUUCUUCUUCUCCUACUAUGCCGACCGGGAUUAUCCAGUGGUGAAGGUCCUCCGUGACCCAGUUCCCGUUGAAGUCCGCAUUCUCGGGAGGACAGACCCAGCCUUGCAUCUGGUCCUGCACGAAUGCUGGGCCACGCCAAGCACCAACCCCCUGCAGAAACCAGAAUGGCCACUGCUGGAGAAAGGAUGCCCCUACAGAGGAGACAACUACCAAACCGAGCGGGUGUCCGUCGAGGACAACUCAGGGGUGCCGUUCCCUUCCCAUUAUCAGCGCUUCGUCGUCAGCACCUUCACCUUUGUGGAACCUGCUUCCCAGAAGAUGCUCACUGGGCCGGUGUAUUUCCACUGCAGUGCCUCAGCCUGUGUACCUUCAAGGCAGGAGAGAUGCAUCAUCCGUUGUGAGGGGACCGCGCCAGGAAGAAGGCAAAGAACAGCAGGGGAUUAUCCGGAAGAACAGCUGGUCUUGGUAACCUUGGAUGGGCCUGUGAACUUUUCUAGCGCCCGAGACCCGGAAGUGCUAUCUUACCAAGGCCUGAAAAGGAUCCCCCAAGACAGCCCGGUUCAGUGGGAUGGAGCUGUGAUCUUGGCCGCAGGCAUUGCAACAGUGGUAGCUGUGGGUGGCCUAGUAGCUGUGGUGCUCAGGAACCACCAGCGCAGACAAGAAAAAAGAUGA